GUUACAGAAAUUCCCCUCCGUUGUGUUGUGCAAGACGCGAUUCAAACAAAAUAUGCAAAUAAAAAUUCCGGACGAAACCCCGUGGAAAACGUUGACACUGUGCUUGAGGCCUCUCCGGUUAUGACACGUUUCACUCUUCGGUAAAGGUUCCCUUUACCUUUUAACUCCCUCGAUCUAAUUAGCAAUUCUCCCCACUCUCUACCAUAUAAAUCUUGUGAUAUCAGUUCGGAGCACUUUGGUAUCGGAUCGACUAAUGAUCCCCUAAUUGAUAUUUUUCUUUAUUCUCAUCGCUUGUCUGCAUGAUAUUGUAUUGAUGAUGUAAGGAGAAUUUAUGUCUUGGUCACCCAUGGGAGUAAAGGGUUAAGACAUUCUCUCAGCCAUAUCUCCCUUUUAUUUCAAGAUUUUGUAAUUUUCAUGUCCCUUAAAACUAGACUCGACUGCUUUCUUUGACUAAAGAGCGAAAAAACGUAGUUUUGACCAGAUUUUGUUGAUAGUAAGCUGAGUAUUCGUUUGUAUGAUUUUAGUGGAAGUUACGAGUUGCUAGCCCUGACCCAAAAGAAAAGUUAAAAGGGGAAUCCUACAAGAGUUAAGAUGAGUGGAUAGGGCCUUAAGAAUAAUAAAUAAAUAGAUGGACAAUUCUAAUUCGAGAGUCAAAAUCAUUUUUGUGGUUAACCAAAAAUAUCUGAAACAAUGGACCAAUGAAUGAUGUCCACAUUUCGUAAUCGGCAGCUGCACCCCGUGAGCUGUGAGGACUCUUGUUGACUUACAAUUGUUCAGCGAUUCUUGUCUUUUGUUAAAAGGGAGAUUAAAUUUCACUGCGUUUGAUAUUUCACACAACCUGUACUUCAACAAAUAUAUAACUCUUUUACAACUGCAGUAAGUCAAGGUAGGUGGAAUCUGGAGCCUUCCUGCUUUCGAUCCCGAGUCGAGUCGCUAUUUUGCCGAGAUAAUAGUCUGAGUUGUUCAUAAAAAAUGACACAACUUAUCUCUUUAAAGAACGAAUAUAGUGCAAGAUUUGUAUUGAUUUCUUCCCUGUGAAAUCCUCAGAGGAUUACCAAAAAUGUACCUGAAGAAAAGUACAAAUAUAUGCAUUUGCCUGAAAUCUCGCUACGAAUAUUUUGAAAAUGAUUACUUUCAAAGCGGUUCACCGACACUUCAAGACAGCAUAAACAUUUUUCCUUUUUUGAUUCCUUUAUGCAAAUUUCUGGUGUUUGUCACUGGUUAAAAAAAGCAUCACAUUUUUCUUUCGCAACACUCUUAGUAAGCAAUUUUCAUUUCUACUAGGAAUACAAAUAAUUUAUUACCUUAUUUUUCGUCCGUUUUGGCUGUUCGUUAUCUCAUAAGCGAUAGUCAUUGUUUGUAUUCUCAGCGGGACUGUAAAUUGUUUUCUUUCUUUUUUAUUUUUUACCCAAGCGACGAUAAGAGGUGGCAGCAAAUUGUAGUCAGAAUCAUUUCCAUAAAAAUACCAGCUGACUUACCGCCAUCAGCGCUAUAA